AUAAUUUCCCUUGCGAGAAUAGAGCCGCAUUCUUUUGCUCCGCUCCGUCCUGCCUGCUUCGGCGCUCUGCCUUCCAGCCCGCCUCGGCUGUGCUUUGUCCGGCGAUGGCGAGCGAGACGAGGCCCGGCCCGGCCCGGCCCGGCCGCUCCCGCUGGAGGUGGGGCUCGUCCAGUUCCCGGCGCCGCUGCGGCCGCUUUGCAACUCGCAACCUGGCUAAUUUCCUGCGUCCUCUAGCACCAGGAAGGAGGACAAUUCGUCUCCCCGGGCUGCCCAAGCGACAGCUGUCAGGGGGGCAGGAGCUUCUGGGAACCGCCAUCUGAAGAGCUGCCGGCACGACGGUCAGAACCGACCCCAACCUCGACACAAAAAUAAGAGGGGCUGCACAGCAGGGAAAUAAAGUUGUUGUAAAUAAAAUCCAAGUCACCAUCUCCCUUCAGUCCUCUGCAUCCUCGCCGGGCACGCGAUCGGCAGCUGACGGCCUCACAAUUGGUACAUCCUAAUGGAACUGCGAGGGAAAUGCAAUAAUUUUGCCAUAAUGGGCUGUAACCUCAAUUCGACCCCGGCCCUUGCAGCCCCGGGUCGGAAGCGGAGGGAUGCGCCCUGCCUCCAGCGGGUGGCGCUCGAGUCCGACUGAACGACGGCGGCGAGCGGCGGGCACGCGCCUGGGGCGCGCGCGCCACUCCUCUCGCCUCCACCCAACUCCCCCAUUAGUGCCCGAGUUUACCUCUAGAGGUCAUCAGGCAGGAUUUACGACUGGACAACAAAAGCACGUGAUUCGAAGUCGUACCCCAUAUUUGGGUGCCUACGUAGGAGGGAACCAAGUACAUGUCCCAGUCAUUUCCAUAAUUCAUCAUAAAUUGUGCAAGGGUGCUAUAGACGCACAAACGACCGCGAGCCACAAAUCAAGCACACAUAUCAAAAAACAAAUGAGCUCUUAUUUUGUAAACUCAUUUUGCGGUCGCUAUCCAAAUGGCCCGGACUACCAGUUGCAUAAUUAUGGAGAUCAUAGUUCCGUGAGCGAGCAAUUCAGGGACUCGGCGAGCAUGCACUCCGGCAGGUACGGCUACGGCUACAAUGGCAUGGAUCUCAGCGUCGGCCGCUCGGGCUCCGGCCACUUUGGCUCCGGGGAACGCGCCCGCAGCUACGCGGCCAGCGCCGGCGCGGCGCCCGCCGAGCCCAGGUACAGCCAGCCUGCCACGUCCACGCACUCGCCUCCGCCCGACCCGCUGCCCUGCUCCGCCGUGGCCCCCUCGCCCGGCAGCGACAGCCACCACAGCGGGAAAAACUCCCUGGGCAACUCCAGCGGCGCCUCGGCCAACGCCGGCAGCACCCACAUCAGCAGCAGAGAGGGGGUUGGCACGGCGUCCGGAGCCGAGGAGGACACCCCCGCCAGCAGCGAGCAGGCGAGCGCGCAGAGCGAGCCGAGCCCGGCGCCGCCCGCCCAACCCCAGAUCUACCCCUGGAUGCGCAAGCUGCACAUAAGUCAUGACAACAUAGGCGGCCCGGAAGGCAAAAGGGCCCGAACGGCCUACACGCGCUACCAGACCCUGGAGCUGGAGAAGGAGUUCCACUUCAACCGCUACCUGACCCGCCGAAGAAGGAUUGAAAUAGCACAUGCUCUUUGCCUCUCCGAGAGACAAAUUAAAAUCUGGUUCCAAAACCGGAGAAUGAAGUGGAAAAAAGAUAAUAAGCUGAAAAGCAUGAGCAUGGCGGCGGCGGGAGGGGCCUUCCGCCCCUGAGUAUUUGAGCGUUUAAAGUACUGAGCAGUAUUAGCCGGAUCCCGCGUAGUAUCAGUACUAAGGUGACUUUCUGAAACUCCCUUGUGUUCCUUCUGUGAAGAAGCCCUGUUCUCGUUGCCCUAAUUCAUCUUUUAAUCAUGAGCCUGUUUAUUGCCAUUAUAGCGCCUGUAUAAGUAGAUCUGCUUUCUCUUCAUUUCUUUGUCCUGAAUGGCUUUGUCUUGAAAAAAAAAUAGAUGUUUUAACUUAUUUAUAUGAAGCAAGCUGUGUUACUUGAAGUAACUAUAACAAAAAUAGAAAAGAGAACAAAAACACAAAAAAGUCCCCCUUCGACCUCGUUUAGUGCCAAUGUUGUGUGUUGCACUCCAGUUGUUUAACUGUGCAUGUGAGUGGAAGUGUUCCUGUCUCAAUAGCUCCAAGCUGUUAAAGAUAUUUUUAUUCAAACUACCUAUAUUUCUUGUGUAAUUAAUGCUGUUGUAGAGGUGACUUGAUGAGACACAACUUAACUUGUUCGACGUGUAGUGACUAGUGACUCUGUGAUGAAAACUGUGACUCUGAGCGGUGUGUCCCUGCGUGCCUUUGUAGGACCCUUUGCACGAACUCUGGAAGUGGCUCUUAUAAGCGCAGCUUCAGUGAUGUAUGUUUUUGUGAACAAAGUUACAAAUAUUGUCCAAGUCUGGCUGUUUAAGCAAACUGUGAUCAGCUUUUUUUUUUUUUUUUUUUUUGUAUUUGUUUUUAAGGAAAAAAUACUGACUGGAAACAAAAAAUAAACUUUCUAUUGUAAGUUUU